GUAAAAAAGAUACGCAGUAGUUCUUGCAAUGCUCAACACGCAGUCUGUUCUUUUAAUACCUAUGUUACUUCAUCAAUGAGAAAUUUGUAUGAGAUAUCCCCAUGUUUUUACGUAGAAUAUAAGAGGGUUUGAGCUAUUUUUGGUAAUUUCAAGGAUGGUAAAGCAUUUCAGGACAUUACACAAUUGUUUCUUUCUCCUUUAUCUCACAAUCUUUUCUUUAAAAACACAAGUAGUUGGCCUUUCUAUCUUACAUUAGUUCUUACAGUAUCGAUCUGAAAGAAAUGACUAGAUAUCAUUCCUUCUCUGUCCCCUAUCACUUUCUUGCUUUCUUGGUUUGUUUCAUCCUCGUCCAUGCUUCCCCAGCAGCCGCUGAUAAGCCAACCGAGCUAGUAGACAAGGUCUGCAACCAAACAUCAAACUACACUCUCUGUGUCGAAGCUCUUUAUUCCGACUCACGUACCCCAGAUGCCGAUAGCUACACACUGGCCUUCAUCUCCUUUGGAUUAGCAUACACCAAUGCAAACAACAUCAGAGACUACUACAUAGCAGAGCUACUCAAGAAUACUUCUAGUCAAGAUUACCAUUACCGUCUCGAAACAUGCAGCCAUGAUUAUCUCAGGGCGGUUUCUAAACUAGAAGAGGCCUACAAUGACUUGAACUCGGAGACCUUUUUUGGGUUGGCUGAGUUGGCAGGUAUUGCUUCUGAAGCUUCUGAUCAUUGCCAGGAUGCUUUCAAGGGAAUCUCUUCACCACCUUUAGGGAGCAGGAAUGGUGAUUUAAAACGUCUUUGUGAAAUCGGUGCCAUCAUUGCUAAGUUGUUUACUGGAUCCUCGUGAUCAUGAUUUUAUACAAUUAUGUCUCCUUGCAACCACGUACAUAAAGAAAGCUUUUAGUUCU